CCUGUAGUUAACUCUGAUAAGGCUAAACAAAGCAAGCAAAGCACUUUAGAGGAUACAAUCCGCAAGAUUGUUCAAAGUGAGCUUAAAUUAAUUUUUCCUGCACUUAUUGCCCAAGAUUUUAAAGUUGAUGUGCUAAAACAAGCACUUUUUAUUCAGGAGCAAAGUGAUGAGAUUCCAAUUACCAAAGAUAUAUU